UUUACAACCAGACAGCUAGAAAAACUGUCAAAGAAAGCUGAGAAAGAACAGAAGGCACAGCAGUUGAAAGUUAAAAAAGCUUUGCAACAAAAGAAUGUGGAGGGAGCACAGAUUUAUGCAGAAAAUGCCAUCCGCAAGAAAAAUGAGGCCCUGAAUUAUUUACGAUUUGCCGCAAGGGUUGACGCUGUGUCAGCAAAAGUGCAGACAGGUUUAGCGAUGAAAAAUAUAACAAAAGAUAUUUCCGGAGUGUGCAAGGCCUUGGAUAAAGCGAUGGCAUCAAUGAAUCUUGAAAAGGUAGAACAAGUCAUGGCAAAGUUCGAGAAACAGUUUGAGGACCUAGAUGUUAGAACUAGUACCCUGGAAAACUCUAUGGGAGCAGCAACAACUCUGUCCACACCUCAAGACCAGGUGGAAGCCUUAAUACAGCAAGUGGCUGAAGAGAACGGUCUGGAAGUCAUGGACCAGCUGAAAGACUUGCAUGCACCAUCAAGCUCCAUUCGGACACCGGCUGCUGGAGAAUCUAGCAAGGAAGAUGACCUCUCCAGAAGACUCCAAGCAUUGCGAAACUAA